UUCUGUUGGGGGUCCUAGCCAAUCCAACCCACCGGCCCACCGGCCACCAGCGCACUCAAACAGAGGUUAGAUAAAUCUAGGGUUUGCUUUCGUUAGCAGAGUGGUGACGGCGGCGAGGACCCCUUCGAGAUGGCGACGGAGAUGGAGGCAGGGAUGAAGAGGGAACCCACAGGUGAGAUCGAUACGGAAGCGGGGAGAAAGAGAGAACCCUCUUCUUGGAUGGAGACGGAGGGGGCGGAGAGGGGGAGAACGGCGAGGGCGAACAUAAAGGCAAAGAUGACGGAAUCGGCGUGGCUGAAGGAAAGGAUGAGGAAGUCGGAUAAUAUUUUAGAGGAUUCCAUGUUGAUGGGAGCUGUGAGGAGACUGAAUGAGGAGAACCCCGGCGUGGAACCGAUCGUGCUCGAAGCGCUGACGAAGGAGCAGCGGGCGGCGCUGUUGCAGGAGCAGCGGGCGUUUCUGACGAGGACUAUGAACGAGUACAGCGAGAAGAUGGCUGAGAGGAUACAGGCGUCGAUCGAGAAGAUGAAAACGGCGCCGCCGGUGAAAGAGGAUCCAGACGAGGACUGGUCGGAGAAGUUGUACAGCCACUUCCGCGAGCAAUGGGAAUCCGCGUGGGCCAAAGAGUUCGGCACCUUCGAAACCACCACCCAUAUCAGCGCAAUGUAUUACACGGACAGGCCGCUGCCUGAUGAAACAUUCCGUCGAAAUUACAGAUUUUUUCUGUCAAGGUUGCCAGAACAACUGGUGCUUUAAAGUGGCCACUCGAUGUGUUUGGUAUGAUUGCCGUGCGUGACGACCUGGAUCACAAUCGCAAUAUUAUCUUCAACUGCACAAGGGAUAAUUGUCAAACCCUCAUUGAACAGGAUCCAUAUUUAGUACUGACAGGUCCUACCUGUGCUCCUGUGUGUGGAUCUGGGCCUGUUUACUUUGAUGCCGAGCUGAAAGUGAAAGGCAGUACCGAAUCCGAGGACCAAGAUCUAUGCCUUGUAGCCACACGCUACUACAACCCCGGGGCCUUAAAUUCUGUUGUGAUCAGGGUAGACUACACAAGCAAGCACAAUAUGCUGGAGGUGACAUUUGGCGUUGUCCUAUCCUCUAUCGAGGCAACAAUUGCCAUGCGGAUCGUCCGUGGGUCUUUGCCAGAUGGGUUCCAAGGCCGGUUUACUGCCUAUAGUGCUAGCAUGGAUCAAGAGUUAGUCCUGCUUCUUGAUUCUAGAAAUGAGAAGGUGCAUGUUACUGAUAAUGGCAUGAUCGAGUUUUCACGCCGUGUUCUUUCUGUUGGAAGUUGCGAGGAGCUGAUGGUUUCUGCAGAGGCAUGGGAAGGUGGUCAUCGGGUUGUGAUAGAAAAGUCUUUCAAGCCUAAAGAUUCUGGUAGGAGCUGGGGUGAGCUUGAUCUUGGCUUCUGUAUGAUAGAAGUCACUGUUGCAUGGUCGCUCUUUGCUCAUAGUUUUCCAAGCGAGGAUUUUCUUCAGCACUGAUUAGCAGGAGUGUCUGAUGUUUAUGUGAUAUAUCCGGACCUCGUGGAUUGUGACUGUUACUUGAAAUGUUUAAUUUACAUAGUUAAUUUGUUUGAAC